AUUUAUGCGUUUUAUUUUUCAGCGAGAGGCUUGAGGUUUUCAGAGAAAAAUGUCAGCUCCGAACGCGGUUUUCAUGAGUGCCUCUCCGAAUCACUCCCCGAAACAUUUCCUGCGAUAUUUUUUUGAAGAAGAUAAAAUACCGGAACCCAUAAAAACGGACGUUCACGAUUGCAUGGAAAAGUUUCCGUAUUUGCUGAGUAACAAAUACUACGAAGCAACCAUAAACCUGUGUUUAGCUCAUGAGAAGAAUCUCGUUGGAGCAGAUUUUGCCGAGAGUGUUGAAGCUGUCAUCCUUCACUUUGACAGCACGUCGACUCAUGGUUUGAAGAACGCUGAAGACUGGCUGCCAUUCGUUCAAGCCUGGGAACCCAGUGUUUGCAUUUUGUCUUGCGGCUCGUGUUCUAGUGAAAAUGUUGUUUCCGGAAUUUCCCGGCUGAGAGGUCGCGUUCUUACCACGUAUCUCGUACCAAAACUUGACCAGCUUAACCUUGGGUUACGUCCUUCGCUGCUACUACUCGACGAUGAUGAUGAUGAAAAUGUUCCUUUUGGCAAUGCGCGUGGACCUGGUAGAAUCCUGGCCGCUUUGAAUGCCCACACUUGGUCAAACCUAGUUUUGAAGGAGGAGUCAGAAGACGAGGAAGAAGGUGGCGAAAGUUUCGAAGAUCUUUUCCAAAAUUUCGCCGCGAUGAAAGCCAAGUGUGAUUCCUUAUCGUCGGACGAACGAAAGAAGUACGCGGAAGAAAUCGCCGUCGCCUUUUGGCGUGCCAUGUCCGGAGACGAAGAAGAAGUCACUGGAUUGGACUCUGAACCUGAAACUUGA